AUGUUCCACCACUCGACGUCCCAUCACGCCUCGGGAAUCGUCAACGGCGCUGUGCCCGAGAGCGUGCGCCCAGACGGCUCCGUGCGGAAGGAGAUCAGGAUCCGUCCAGGGUACACUCCACCAGAAGACGUUACGCGCUACAGGAAUGCGAGAGCGGAGGCAUUCAAGGGGGUUGACCAGCGGGCGAAGCCGACGGCUGCAGACGAGGAGGGCAGGAAGAAGAAGAAGCGGAGUCGGGGAAAGGGGAAGAAGGCCGAUGCCGAUGAACCACCAGCUGCGACCGCUGAAGAGCACCCUGAAAAACGCGCCCGUGCCCUCCGCAAGAAAGUUCGACAAGCAACAGACCUCAAAGCCAAAAAAGAAGCCGGGAUCCUCCUCCUCCCCGAACAAGAAGACAAACUCUCUCAACUCGGACGACUAGAAGAAGAACUCUCCUCUCUAUCUCUAUAG